UCGCUUGGCUUCCAUUUUGGAGAGGACACUUUGACUACAAAAUACUUGACUGUCUGUGUGUGUGCGCAAAAUACGGAAAAAUCGCUGUCAGAUAAUUUAUGGAUAAGCCAAUUGGAACAGAGUAAAUGUUAGAGAGAAAAUAUGAAAACAAAUGUUGCCGUGAGGUUCAGUGUGGUCGAUUACCUAUGUUUCCAUCCGUUUUCGCAAUUACUACACCUAAAGAAAUAUUGAUUCUGGGACUCUCAGAAAAUCCGAAGCCACGCCUAAAAAAUUAAGAGUUCGCUUGGCUCCCCAUUUUGGAGAGGGCACUUUGGACUAUUUAUCUGUGAAAAAGACUGUUAGGUUGCUAUAUAGGCUAAACUGUUCUCUUUCCAUUGCUGAAAAUCGCAAGUCUCUGUCUUUGAGUUAUUCAAAAAACAACUACUGGCAUGUUUUUUCCAUGGAUAAUAUUUCUGUUUUAUAACUGAUUAUGGUGGAUCAUAUAUAAAUGUUACCAAGAAUCAGAACUGAACCAACUCUCCGAACCUUGGAGGUGGUGGUUAAAAAGAGUUCUGCAGCAGAGAUAAUACAUGUUUGGUUAUUCUUAGUUUGUUUCUUAUCUAAUCGUUAAUCGCAUAUUAGUCACUAGAAUACAUAAUUUUUAAGAAGAAGAAAAUGUUUAUGGUGCCGAAGAUUAUGUUUUAUUUAUCUUUUGUUGAAAAAGAGAAGUAUUCAGUUAGUGGUGGGGUUGUCGUCCGAAUCUCUGGAUGGAAUAUAUACAUACUCCAGCUAUAUGCACAUUCUCUACGCAAUCUGUACAUUAAAUGACAGUAUUUAAGGAAUUUCGGUAUAUCACAUUGAGAUUUUUCAUCGAAUAUAGUGAAUUUAUAAAUUAUUUAGACAACUGAUGUUUGGAAUUGAAGAACAAAGAAACAACCAAUAAAACUUGAUACAAUUGUUCUUAAUUCUGUACAGAAAUGUGAUCAGAUGUUAUUCUUUGAAAAGGAUAAAGAAAAAUUUAGUUAUAUAAUUACUUUUGAAGAAUAGUUGAUAUGUUCGUCGAAUGGGUAAUCUGUAAAUGAUUAGAUCACGAAGUUGACUUGAGAAAGAGCAAGAAAAGGCAGACGAUGCUGCGGGUAAAGUUGGAAAGUUCUUCCGUCCUUUGACAGUCCAUAAAUAGAUUCAACAUACGAGAGUUUACUAUCACUUAUAAAAUUAUAGAAGAAGGCUUUCUUGUUCGUUUAAUAAUCUACUUGAAAAACAUAAAUCUAGAAAUAAUGUUUACAUCACACCGGAAAAAUACCCUACAAGAACAUUCGGUGCAGCCUCUUAAAAAGAAAAGAUCGGCAUCGACGAUGCGCAUGCCAUCCCAUGUGUCAUGAUCAUCGCAAAAGAUUGGGGUCGAGACAAAGCCAACUUGGCAUCGACGCUAACUGCGCAUUACCAUCGAGAAAAAUUCAAAAUACUCAAAGGAACUCUCUUUUCGAAAAUCCGCUAAGUUUUUUAAAAAUGGUGUAACUCCGUUCCAAAUGGAUCUACUACACAAAGGUGUUUUUCUUGAUCAGCAUCUAAAACUGAAUCUAGAAAAGUACAUUUGAAAGUUCCAGAUGAAACAAUAACUUCUGGGCGCGUCGCUUUUCAUCUACACCUUUGUGUGAUGAUACUCAUCUUGCAAGCCACGUGCAGCCUGUUUUUGGUUAAGAAGUAGAGACAAAUUUUACCAACCAUUCGCUUCGCCGUACCAUUUAGAACAAAGGUAUGAAGCAAUUUUUCGAAAUUUUUUUCGUUUCUAAGAAAGUACAUUUUUUGUGAAUCAGGAGCGAAAAAAUCGGAAUUCUGCUCAUAAUUCGCUAUUUUCUCUACAGAUUAUUCAUAAUGCGCACUAAAAAAAACAUACUCUUAAUCAGCAUGAAAUUCUCUAUCGAAUGAUGCAUAUUUGAAGUGAAAAUAAAAUAGUGCUCGACGUUCGAAUUUGGAGCGCCUUACGAAAAGCGAAAAAAUGAAAACUUUCUAAACUUAAAAACGAUUUCUUGUGUUAACGUUUUGAAAGUGAGAAAAACUGAAUUAGCUAUUUUCUAGUCCUGGCUUUGCUCUAUCGUUUAACACUUCAAACUUUUUCACAUGAAAACCCACGGCGAAAUAAUAAUUUUUCUAUCCAUUGUCGUGCAUUUUUUAUUAAUUUUUUAGUUUCUGCGUAUGGUGGUGCCCUCGGCAAAGUUCCAUAACUCCAUCAAAACAAAAGAUGUUUUGAUCAGAAAGGUAGGUACUGGUUGAUGGUGGUUUUAAAAUAGCUUAAGGCUUCGCGCUUCAAAACAAACUUUUUCUGGGGAAGAAAAAAAUUAUUUUUGGGCAGGACCGCCUCGUGCUCUGAGAUGCUAGCUAUGCCCCUGGUUUUGUUUUUAUCAGAGAUCAUCGCUCUUCUCUACCUAACUGUAAAAUCAAAACUUGGAACAUGUUUUCCGUUUGUUGCUUGAGCACAUUGCUGGAAACGACAAGUUGUCAAUUUUUGACGUUUUUUCAAACUUCGUCCUCGAGCACACCGUCUGCUCUAAAAACAUUCUUUUACAGACCACGAGAAAGAGCACAUUUAAAAGUACAAAAAGAACUGAGUUCUCACUUUUGCUACACUUUUUAUGGAAAUUACAGCAGAAAAAGAUGUUCAAGUGGAAAAAAAUACCAAAUUUAGAAAGUUUUCAUUUUUUUCGCCUUUAGUAUAAUUUGCUUGGAAUUCUGAUUGAAUUGAUGGAAUACCGUUGAUUGGAGUUCUGAAAUUAAAGUUAGGUAUGAUUUUGUAGAGUAUUUUGCGGCGCAUAUUUCCGAAAAAACAUUAACCUUAAGGUCUUAAUGGAACAUGAGACAAAUGAAAAAUACUAAAGGACUUAUUUUUUCUGAGGCAUCCGUUAGUGUUUAUAUACGCGGACGUUGACAAAACAAAAUUGAGAUUGCAAACGAAAUUUGGCAUGAGUGCACAUCGGAAAUAACGGAUUAUGAAUUACAAAAGAAACUUGCACUACUAUAACUCUCGUUGUUAUUCCAUAUAAAAAUAAAGCUAAAUUUGUGGUGCACAUAAUUUAUAAAUUCAUUAUAUUCGAUGAAAAAUCUCACGGUGAUAUACCCAAAUUCCCUGAAUACCGUUAUUUAAUGUAUAGAUUCCCUAGAGAAUGUGCAUAUAACUGGAGUAUGUAUAAGACUUACAUUCUCUGAUUUCUGCAUUCCCCGUAACAUAUUUCUGUACAUAAGUCAAGGUUACCAGUCAUGGCAUCUUGACCAUUUGUUCUGAAUGACUAUGAUCUUGAGUGAAGUCAAAGGCAACAAUGAAUACGUCUUUGUUUUCUUCUUCAUAUUUUCUGUAUGAGUAAGAAUUCUGUAUUCAUAUUUUUCUGUGUUACUAACAGAUACCAUAGUUAGUUUUUUGGUUGUUGAUGCUGCAUCUGGAUGUAUGUAUCUAGUCUUCUCUUGAGAUAGCUGAACAACCAAAAAUCUCAAGAAAUGAGAUAAUGUGAACAACGGAGGUGAGCCAUUAGUUUAAUUUUUCUUAGUCAGAAUAGUUAGUAACAAUAUUUUUACAUGUGACCUGGAGUUGCCAUAAGGAAUCUUAAUGGAUUUUGUUCCUGAUGACGGUCUUCUGUCCGAUAACUUUUUAACUAAUAGUUUUACACUUUCAUCGCAAUAAAACAGAUUAUUAGCGCAGCACAUGCUUCGAAAGGUAUUCGAUAAAUGCGUAAUGAUACAAUUAUCGCCGAGAAUUUUUGAAUUUUUAAUCCACAUUGUCCAAAGCAGCAGUUCAACUAUGUUGAACUAUAAAGAGAAAUUGCAUAUUUUCGGAUAUCCAGUUUGACCUGCAUGUACACUCUCUAAAAAGCUGUUGAGCAUUUGCGAGAGAGCAAAUACUAGCAGAGUCUGAAAGAAAAAUAACCGUAAAAUGACAUGUUCCAAGAAUUCUACAUUCCAAAAUGUACUUGUCGUGUAUUUAGUCUUACUUGUUCUAGUACUUACACUUCAAUAAUGUACUUGACUAAUUCAACUUUAGAUGUCAAAACAACAACUUGGUAUGCAGCAGCUAACAUCAUUAAAUGGUAAUAAUAGAACAUUCGAUGAACUUAUCGAUGAAGCUAAAGCACACACAGUGAUUGGAUGGGAUUUUUCGUAUAUUGAUAACAGACGGAGUGAAAGUAACACCACAUGGGACUUUUCUUCACUUGUUAGAGGCGAAUUUAUGACUGAAACACGUUUUCUUGAUCUGGGAACUGGUGGCGGUGAGUUUCUUUCGUCUCUUGUGCCGCUACCUCAAGAAACAGUCGCAACAGAAGCAUUCGAACCAAAUAUUGACAUCCCUAGUGAAAAACUUACUCAAAUCUUACUAAAAUCUUAG